CGUCUUUAAAUAAGGGAAAAGAAGAAGAAGAAAGUGCAACACUUGUUCACUGUAACGUUGCUAAUUUGAAGGAAAUACAGUAAAUUUAAAAUAAACAUUAAUCUGCUGGCAAAGUCGCUAAUCUAAAAAAGUAAAAUAGACAUUAUUCUGUUAACUAGGUUAAAAUAUCUCAUCGGGUGAGUGUCAGUGUCAUGAGGGAACAUUGCAUCAGCGAAGCGUCGUAAGAAAGAGAGAAUUCAAACACACAUCGCUCCUGAAACACAUGUUCAGCAUUUCUCUUUAAUAUGGAAGAAAGAGAACUGGUGGAGUAUUUCCAAGCGCAGAUCCGAGAAGACCCAGACGUGGCUUCAGCGGUGGCUGCGAUACGAUCCCUGCUGGAGUUCCUGAAGAGGGAUCAGAGCGAGACUAUCCUGGGCCUGAGAGAGAACAUGACGCAGGCCAUCCACCGGCUCCAGGAGACGGACUCAUCCGUGGCCGUGUCGUCGGGAGGAGAGCUGUUCCUGCGCUUCAUCAGUCUGACCUCGCUGGAGCAUCCGGAUCUCUCACGGUGUAAGAAUGUGAUGAUAGAGAGAGGCGAACUCUUCUUGAAGAAAAUAUCCCUCUCUAGAGGCAAAGUGGGUAAACUGUGCCACACCUUCAUCAAAGACGGAGCCAAAAUCCUCACACACUCGUCAUCCCGAGUGGUGUUAAAGGUUCUGGAAAAUGCGGCCGCUGAUAACAAACGUUUUACAGUAUAUGUCACUGAAUCACAACCGGAUUCAGCAGGUGAACUUAUGGCUCAAAAACUACGCAAACUCAAUAUACCCGUCACAAUCGUGCUCGAUGCUGCAGUCGGGUACAUCAUGGAGAAGGUAGACCUGGUAAUUGUGGGCGCUGAGGGCGUUGUGGAGAGUGGCGGUGUUAUAAACAAGAUUGGCACCUAUCAGAUGGCUGUGUGUUCGAAGGCGCACAACAAACCAUUUUAUGUGGUGGCAGAAAGUUUUAAGUUUGUGCGGCUCUACCCUCUUAACCAGCAAGACGUACCCGAUAGAUUCAAGUAUAAAGCAGAUAUCCUGAAAACAGUGGACCUCAGCCAGGAGCACCCGCUGAUCGACUACACCCCCCCAUCCCUCAUCACGCUACUCUUCACUGACCUCGGGGUGCUGACGCCCUCUGCCGUCAGCGACGAGCUCAUCAAGCUGUACCUGUGAU